UGCAUCGUCUGGUUCUUUUUCAUGCUGCUGCAGGCCUCUCUGUCCCCGAGGGAAGGACCUGCCCUCCCUCGCCCUGUCCUGCCCCUGACUGAACUCCGCAGCGUCUCCGCAGGGGACACUACCAGGCCAUGGCCCCCAGCCGCGCUCCCCGCCCGCGCACCCCACGACAGGUGGUGCGGGCGCCGCCGCCGCCGCCGCCGCUCGCCUGGAAAUGCGAGCUACCUGGACAGUGACAUUUCUGAGAAGUCCCCUUCAGCUUCAAGAGACAAGAAGGGCCAUGCCUUCGGGGCUUGCCGCUGUGCGGACACUGUUUUCCAGGACUCACAAAAAUCCUCAACCCCCAGCCAUGGGCAAAAGAUGUCAUCAGACAAAAAGGUGAAGACGCCGCCGUCACCGCUGCCACCACCAUUGUCACAGACAUGGAGACGAGACCGAGAGCAGUCCCUGGUGGCCGCCUUUGUACCAGUAGUGGUGGAUCCUCGGGGGCACAACCCAGAUAACAUCAGGUUCAAUUUCUACACCUCUCAGUACUCCAACUCUCUGAACCCUUUCUACACCUUGCAGAAACCCACCUGUGGCUACCUGUACCGCAGGGAGACAGACCACACCCGCAAGCUUUUCGACGUUCCUCCAGCCAACCUGAUCUUGUGGCGUACCUAAGUCCACGGCAUAUGGAAGUCCCCACCCUGCACCUUCACCCCCGUGGUCCUGGGUCCCAGAGGGGAAGACCAUUCGUUCCUGGAGGAGCAGUGUUUACCUGGGCUAGCCAGGUGUGCUGGGACAGCAGAGGAAAGCUUCUUCUCAACAGCAAUAAACUUUGUCCUUCCUUUCCUGGCGUCUAAAUGGA